UCGCAUGAAACCUCGACUCUGCUGAUGCCUUCGCCCCGAUCAAUCCUGAAGCAAGCGCCGCGUAUUGCUGCAAUGUAUACAAGUUUAAAAUCGGCCGGAUACCCAAUAAACGUUCCUCAAUCGCGUGGCACCUCCUACGCGCCAUGGCGUCUUUCAUCACGCCACAGUAAGGGUGGUGGUCCACGUCACGAGUUUCCACCUCAAAAUUGGGAACCGUCGUAGUUCGAAAAGUACUUGGUGGAUUCUGUUCACACACAGUGACAGUCUGGCGCCAGAGGUUUCGGGUUCGACUCCCUCUGCGAGAACAGAUGAUACACAAAGUGUUAUGCUGUUCCUAUUCGUAUUGAAGCAUUCGUUACUUCUCAAUGGCCGCAAGAUAGCUCCGGGCUAAGUUGGUUGCGCUAUAUAACUUGAUGGGUCGAAAACAGCUUGCUUACUUGAGAUAGCGAAUAAGAUGGAGCCAGUGGCCAUCGCAUUUAUUGUAAUUCUUGGAGUGGAAGGCGCUGUGGUCGCAGGUUUGGUGACUUAUUUAUUACUGAGGCCACGACAAAGAAAAGGCGAUAACUUAAAACCAGAGAAAGAGGUCGCAACAAGAUAUGGCGAAGUAAACGGUGACUCAAACGGUUACGUGGUCGUCGAAGUAGAGCCAGAGAAACCGAGGCCACCAUCUGAAGCGGAGUCUUCGUUACCAGAACCGACCAAAAAACCCGUUGUUGAAGAUGAUGUUUCAAUUGAUAUGGAACCAGAAGUUGAAGCUGCUCCUCUCGUUAAGAAGGAACCUCCAUUUGAAAGUGAUAAUGCCUCAACUGCUACUGAGCCUGAAAGAGAAGCAAAGGAAGAAAGGGUGAUUCCAAUAGAUGCGGAUCAUCUAAACAAAUCUCCUGAACGUAAAAGUAAUCUGGAGGAUACUGACCUGGAAGAUAAAGAAAAACCGUCUUCGUCGUCCUCGUCUUCUGAGGACACAGAUAGAGGAGACAAGGAUCAACUUCCUAUAAAAGAGGAACCAGUUGAAGAGGAUGUACAUUCUGCUCCGGUAGAGAAAGAGUCUCCUGCUCCUGAAUCUUCUUCUUCAUCUUCGGAGGAAGAAGAUGCGAAAGAGGAAAGCCCAAUAAAACCGAUCCUUGCAGUUGAGGAACGGGAUCAGAAAGCUCCCGGUGAUAAACCAACCUCAUCUUCAUCGUCUUCUUCAGAAGAUGGUGAUGAUAAAACUUCUCCAAAGAUCCAGUCCUCAACAUCAUCAUCAGAAGCAGAGGUUGUGGUUGCUCCUAAAGUUCUUCCUCGCACCAUCAUCAAACCUCCUUCCUCCUCAUCUAGCUCCUCAGAGUCCGAGAAAGAAAAAGUUCCACCAAAGAUGAAGAAACCAAGAAAGUCAAAGAUUCAGAAAUCUUCUAAAGAUGCUGCUCCGUCUUCUGAUGAGGGAAAACAAGUUGUAGCAAAGAAGAAACCAAGUUCAUCUACGUCUUCCACCUCGUCUUCCGAAGGAAAAGAAGUUAACAGGAAGACUAAACGUAAAGUUCGAUCCAAGCAUAUACAGAACAUGGAGGUUACUGAAAUCGUUACAGAAGAAAAUGUAAUUGUUCGAAGAAACAGAAAAAUUACAAAAGUUCGUGACGAAGAUACUUCGUCAUCUUCUUCAGAGAGUCCGGUUCGUUCACAAAAGAAGAGAAUAAAGAAGAAGGAUUAUUCCUCCUCGUCAGAAUCCGAGAGCUCUUCUGACGAAAAGAAGAAGGUUGCUGUUAAAGAGAAGAGAAGCAAAAAGAGAAAGAAGAGAAAGGAAAUAUCAUCUUCGAGUUCCUUUUCAUCCAGCGAUGAAAGAACAAAGAAACAGGAAUUAUACUCAACAGAGUACUAUUAUGACGUAACAAAGAAAGACAAAGAAAUAACAACUACCAUUAUUGAAAAAUCGACGUCUACACAUCAUGACGUCAUUAAGCACCACGUGUUCAAAGAAGUUGUCACUAAAGAUGCAGCAACUUCCAAGACAUCCAGCAGCUCAUCUGAGGACGAAUCGUCUCGUGAGAUCCAGAAGACUCUGCUUCAAGUUCCUCUUGUUGAGAGGAGGAAACCCCAAAUGGUGUCGGUUGGAGUAUCAGCUGAGCAUUACAGAUCUGAGGGAUACAUAACACCAGUCCGUAGAUCCCCGAUGAUGGUGUCUGAGUUUACACAGACGAGGUUGGAGGAAUCGUCAUCGUCGUCAUCGUCUGAAGAAGACGAGAAAGUUACACAAGAACAAGUGAUAGAGACCAAGUCCAGCAGCAUCCAGGUUGAACUAAACAGGAAGAAGAAGAAACAAGAGGUCGUGUCGUCAUCUGAUGAAAGGAAAUAUAGGGAGGUUGAAACAAGGACAGUCAGCACACAAGUUGAUAUUCAGUUGCCAAGUUCUUCGUCAUCGUCUUCAAGUGAGGAUGAAAAAGUAACAGAGCUGCAGGCGGUUGAAAUGAAAUCAUCGAAUAUUCAAGUUGACUUGAUGUCAAGAUACGUUUCGUCAUCGUCUUACACAUCUACGAAGACUGUAGAACUUCAGAAAAUAGAAACAAGAUCAACUAAAAUACAAGUUGAUUUAACAAAUAAAGAGUUUCAAUCGUCAUAUUAUUCUUCGGACGAAGACACCAAACAAAUUCGCACUCAAACGAGAGAAAUGAAAUCAGCCGCCGUACAAGUUGAUUUACCAAAGAAAGAAAUUGAAUCGUCAUCUUCUUCGGACGAAGACGCCAAACAAAUUAGCACUCAAACGAGGGAAAUGAAAUCAGCCGUCGUACAAGUUGAUUUACCAAAGAAAGAAAUUGAAUCGUCAUCUUCUUCGGACGAAGACGCCGAACAAAUAAGUACACAAGCGAGUGAAAUGAAAUCCGCCACCUUACAAGUGGAUUUAAAGCAAAGAGAGCUAGCUGACGUAGCCGAGGAAAACGAAGACUCAACCACUACUAUUACAACGGAGGAGAUAAUCGUAACAACAACUACUAAAGAGCGAAGAAGAAAAUCUCGGCAAGAUAUUCAUUUCUUUUCCGGGUGGAAACGUAGGGUUACGCUGGAUGAUUUAUUCAAAGCUGGGGUGGUGACGGAGUCCACCAUAUCUAAGAUUGAAACAGGUGAACUCGAGCAAGCAGAUGUUGAAAAAUCUCUCAAGUUGUAUUUGGUUGGUGAAGAACCAAUUGCCGGCCUUCUAAUGUCGGAUUCUGGACGUAAGGUUUCAAUUUACGAUGCGUGGAAACAGGGUCUUAUUAGAAGAGGUACCUCAAUCAGCUUACUAGAGGCCCAAGCCGCCACAGGACGAAUUAUUGACGUGAAAACAGGCGACAAACUGUCGGUGAAUGAAGCGUCGGAGAGAGGAGUGAUUGACAGCCAAUUUAAGACCAUUUUGGAAAGAGCUGAACGAGCUGUGUAUGGAUACACCUCCAGGACAACGACUAAAACGUUUUCUUUGUUCGAAGCCAUGAAACGUGGGCUAGUGGUUGAAAAUCAUGGCAUACGACUUCUUGAAGCUCAGAUCGCUACUGGAGGUAUUGUGGAUCCGAAUGCCAACCAUCGGCUGCCGGUAGAGGUCGCCUAUGAGCGCGGUUUAUUCGAUGAAAGAUUAAACGAUAUUUUGCAAGACCCAUCCGAUGAUACCCGAGGAUUCUUCGAUCCGAACACCGAAGAAAACCUGACGUACCUUGAACUUAUGGAGCGAUGCGUGAUUGACAAAGACACGGACCUUCGAUUGCUUCCAUUCAGAGUAAAGAGUAAGAAAGCUUCCAGCAAAGCGUCAAAGGUUGUGUUUGAAUCAGCUACCCGCCGUCAAGUGUUGCUACAGCAUAUCGUCGAUGCUGAAUUGGUGGAUUCAAAGACAGCGAAGAAAUAUGACGAAGGGGAAAUGACGUCAGAGGAGGUCAGCCAGAUGGUGGCGCAAUUAAAAGUUUUUGUUGAUGGGACUUCACCAAUUGCUGGGAUAAUUAAUUCAACGACAGGUGAAAAGAUGAGCAUACAAGAAGCCAGUAGAGCCGGACUGAUUCGUAAAGGAACAGCUUUCGAAUUAUUAGAAGCUCAAGCCGCUUGUGGGAAGAUUAUCGAUGUGCAGUCAGGCAAGACCGUUACCAUAGAAACCGCUGUGAGAUCGGGACUUAUUGACAAUGAAUUUGAUGACGUAGUGUCACGUGCCAAUCGAGCUGUUGUUGGAUACCGAGAACCAUUCAAGCGUGAAGUGCUUUCUCUAUGUGAGGCUAUGGGGCGUCACCUCGUGGUCGACCGACACGCGAUCAGGUUGCUGGAGGCGCAGAUCGCAACUGGAGGAAUCUUUGAUAUCAACAGUCCUGUACGAAUAAGUGUGAGCGUAGCAGCUAAGAGGGGGUUGCUGGAUUCAGUGUUAGCAAGGAAGUUGGAGAAACGAGAAACCACGAGUUACUUUGAUCCAGUUACUGGGGAGAAUCUGAAUUACUCAGAACUUAUGGGAAGAUGCGUUUUGGACAAAGACACGGGGUUGCUUUUCCUGAUGGUUGAAGGAGGAACUGUCACUCAAAAUGUUCGUCCGUUUGAACCGGAGCCGGAGUCGAAGAAAAUUCGAGAAAAAGCUGAACCUAAAAUUACGACAGAGGUUGUUGUUGGAAAGCAGAAGAAACGGAAAUCCACCUCAAGAAGAUCAAGUAGCCGUGCAGCUUCCCCGCCGCCAGCAGCGAUCCCUAGCAGCCCUCCUGCGAUCCUAAGCCGUCGUGUUGUCAUUGUUGACCCGCAAACACAAAACGAACUCACAGUUCAAGAAGCUCUGGAACACAAACUAAUUGACGAAGAAACUGCCAACCAGUUGAUGGCGCAAGAGGGCGACUUUCUAGAAGACGGGGACAAAUAAAUGACAUGAGUUUUUGUAGGUGAAUGCGAGUAAUAUGGUACAGUGCGGUAAGAAGGGACACCUUUAAUUAGCACACAAUAUCCAAAUAUCCUGAUUGCAUUUUUGUUUACUAUCAAAUGGGACGAGAAAACAAAAUGAAAAGGUGUCCCAUCUCCUCCCACCCCACUAUAUUCACCAAACUGCACCUUAUGUUUUAAAAACACGAUUUUCGUUUUAUUUCGUUUUCAUUUCACAAUGGAUUGCACCGUUUUAAUGUUCUUUUGUAGGCAUAAUAUUUCAAACAAACUUUUCUAAAUACAGGCAAAAAAUAAUUACAUUUUUUGGUAUAAGUUGAUAAAACAUUUUUAUUCACAUCGCAUCAAUUUGUGUUGCACUAUUUUACAUUCUUUUGUUCGAAUGUUAUUUUGCUUAAACUGAUCUUAAAAGUUGUGUUAGCUAAGUUCUUUUAAACAUACAUUUGUUGAUAUCACCGCCAGCUUAUUAUUUUGCAUGCUCGAUUUAUAUACAUUAUAUUGCGCCCGCGAGACGUCGCUAAAGAGCCACGUCCGCGUUUAUUUUGCCAUACCGCGAUUAAUAUCCAAGUAGAUGCCGUUUACAAGUCAACUGCGCAAUUUUACCGCAAGUCAAUACAAGUAGUAUGCAUGCUGCAA